UUCCUGUCUUUCCCCUAAUGAUUGGCUGGCUUCUAGAAUCCUUCUAGAACAAUUCCACGCUAAAACCCCGCGUAAUAUGAUACGUCCUUAGCGUUGUUUGUCUAAUGCCAUCCGGGUACAACGACAACGGUGAUCGCAUCAUCUUCACUCAACCUGGAAAGACAACACGCUUCCAAAAAUAGGAAUACCAUUCAAUUCAAACUGAAACCCCCUGCUUACCUAAAUAAACAAUACGAUGCUGUCUGGCCACGCCGAAGCAAUCAUAGACGGCACUGUAGUAGCCGAAACCGACACCUACGAGCUGGUCGAAGGUAACGUGUACUUCCCGCCAUCGUCCGUAAAGUCCGAAUACUUCAGCAAGACGGACCUGCACACGCACUGCGGGUGGAAGGGGGAUGCCAGUUACUACACGGUCAAAGUUGGAGACAAGGAGUUGACCAAUGCUGCGUGGUAUUAUCCCGAGCCGUUUGACAAGGCGAAACAUAUCAAAGACUACGUCGCGUUCUACAAAACUAAGGUGAAUGUGAUGACCACAUAAAUCUGGCUGUGGCUGUAGGCAGUUUCAGAACCACCUAAAACUCUCAUGAUAUAGAGGAUGAGAGCAGGUCACAUUUAGCUAUGAAUUGACGAUUUCAGAAAGGAUAUUGUUAACUUCCUAUCUGAAUGUGCCGGGAGAAUCCAUUCAUAGCCUAAAGGCUUCAACUAGGCAUCGAGGUAAACAUAUCAAGACAGAAAGAUGCACUAGUAAGCAAUUUUAUUCAAAAACUUUUUAUUCAAAAUAUGCGGCCAGCCGAAAUCUCCAUAAGAGAGCGAC